CAUCUUGUCAUUGAUUUGUACAGGUAGCUAGGCCUCCUUUAAUGUGUGAACAAGAGCUGCAUUUGUCAACACGAGGAUGUUCAGGUGUUCUAUGUUGUCACCUUAUUCCUUUACCCCUGGUUCACAUAUAUUCGACCGUGCGGGCCCGCGUUUUGUAUGGGCACGAGAGCGCAUUCAUUUGAAUGUACUCUUGUGCCCUGUGACACGCAGGAAAGAAGUCCCUGCACUUCUUCUGAAUAUGCAGCCCACACUGGAACCUCGGUUUCCAGUACAGUUGCGUUUUCCAGUGUGGGCGGCGUGCCAUUAGAACUAAUGGCACCCGCCUGCGGGUCCGCAU